AAUCGCUAUAUAAAUGUGUUCAUUUCCAUUAUGUGUGAUUCUAUACUGCAUAGCUAGAUCAUUUACUUGCAAUGUGCAACUUCAAAAUAAUUAUUUAUUGAUACUAUUAAAUCUCUCGGUUAGUAUUUAUUUGCUUGAAAUAAAAAAGAGACUGGUUUGUUUAGUGAAAUAUUACCAGAACACUUUUUGUCUUUAAGACAAUUAAUUAAAACAAAAAUAAAUAUCAUGUUCAAAUAAUUACAUAAUUAAUUGAUGAAUGAUACAUUGUUUUUCUAUAAAUCUGAUCAAUAUAUCAAAUCCUUUAUUUUUUACAUUAAAUGUUUACAUAAACUUCAAGAACCUGAUCCAUUUUAAUUAAGUUCUUGAUUGAAACGAAGAAUCAAUUAAAAAAUACCGCAAAUCGGGAAGUAAACGCACUCUUUGUAAAUAUAUUUGGCACAUUUACGGGAUCUAGGAAACCACGAAUAGUUUUCGCUGUAAAACCUAUAGCCCGGUAUCGCAUACGGGGUCCGGGGGCUGGGGGUUCGAUCCAUCCCCAACCCCUGAAAAUUCAUACUUAUUAAAUUCACGUAAAAAAAAACCGAAAAAUUUCUGAAUCCGCGCAUGUAUUGUAGCAAGCAAGCUAUACAAUAAGGAGUUGAUAUGAGAUAUAUAAUUUUAUGCAAUUCGCCCUUACUUUGCUUGCAGACAAUUUUUAACUAAAAAUUUUCAGUCAUUUGUAUGUUAUAUAGCGGUAUAUUACUGUUCAUAUUUGUUUUACUAUAUAUUUGAACCUAUAAAACUAUGCAAACUGAUGUCUGUGAAGAAACUGUCAUGUAUGUUCGUGUUCUUUUAAAAGUUGAUUAAGUUUGACUCACAUCCGUUUAUUUAUUAACAAGAAACACAAUAAAGGAACAUAAUUGACACUGCGUAAAUUUAUCUGUUAUCACACGGACCCCUAAAUUAAAAGGUGAAAUGUCAAAUGUUUCUACAAUCGACACUUUAGCAUUGUUAUUCCCCUUCAUUUGUCGGAUCUGUGCUGUUUCUGUAUUACCUCUUCUGUUGGCUUUGUUGUUAUGUCUCGUUUCCGCUGAUUUACACGAGUAGGUUUGUAUCAAUCAGACUUUAAAGAAUUUACGUGUUGGUUUUUUCACUCUUUGUGAGGUUUUCUCAACGGGAAGAUGAUUAGAAUUCUGUAUACAGCUAUUGUUCUCUUAUUUUAUUGCAAUCCUGGAUCUCCACAACAAAAUGGAGGAUUGGCCCUGCAGAGACUACGAGCACGGUUUCCACGAUGUGCCAUUACCUGUAACCCCAUUCCAGGGAAUACCCCAAGACAAUGCAUUUUACCUGGAAGAUUUCAGGUGUACCGUGGAAGAUUCUGCCGUGGAUGUGAUAUGGUCAACAGAAACUGUGCCAGCAGAUUGACCCCUCCAUACUGUUACAGAACCUGUCAGAAUAUCAGCCGAACUCUCCCGAGACAUUGUAGAAUUCCCGGCUCCGUGGUCAACAAUCGUGGAGUGAUUUGCAGGCUCUGUGAUCGAGUUAAUUCAGCGUGCUCGGUUAGACCCGCUCGUCCAGUCAUCCCUCGUUGUCCAAUGAGAUGCCGAGAAGUCGUGAAUGGAACUCCCGGACAUUGCGUCACUUACGGACGUUACGUCAACUACCAAGGGCGGCCGUGUCAGAUGUGCGAUAUGGUCGACUUUAGCUGUGUAAGAAAAAACCUUACACUUUGCGCCGAUGCAUUGGAAACUUGUAAAGGAGCUCCAAAGGGAAUGCCCGAUUUCUGCCUUUCGCAAAAUGUGACCAGCGCCGCAGGAGCUCCACCAUGUUUGACGUGUCCCGUCAUCAGUAAUUCCACCGGAUGUGUAUUUCCGCCAUGCCAAAGAUGCACACCACUUACACAGAUACCCACUGUUCCUCCCGAGUGUAUCAAAGAUGGCGACAUUGUGCAGCUUUCUGGUUAUCCGACUAAAUGUAGCAAAUGUCCUUAUGUUGACCCUUUUUGUGCUGAGCUUGAAGUUACCGUUUGUGGAAACCAAAUGGCUAAUUGCGUCGGUGCUCCGAUGGGGACACCCCAAAAGUGUAUCGAUCAAUCAGUGGAUUUUUUUCUUGGAAAUCCUUGUCUCUCCUGUCCGGUUCUGAAAACGGAAGAGCCCGGAUGCGUGAAGGAGGCUUUUAAUAUCUGUACGGGAUUUGUGUGUCCGUCCGUCACAAGAAGGACGGUUCUGUGUUUUGACAAGGGUCCAUUUUCCACAACACCUAACGCCACGUGUAACACAUGCCCCAUCCUGCACAGGCACAAACACCCUUCAUGCGCCACCAUUAAUUCCGUUCAGCGACACUGAUGGUAUCAGAAUUAUGAUGACACAGUCCUUGUUUAGAACUUUGCUCUGAUGAACAUUUUAAUUACUCGCGCUUUUCAAACUGUAAAACUGCAAAAUGUCUCUGUUUGAAAAUUUGUAAAUAACGUGGUGAAAAAUUAGUUACGCUAGAUAGAUAAUAAAAUACAUAUAUUCUCAUUUUUUUUAAAAAUCUGACAGUGUAUCUAUAAACCUCAUUUGUGCCUCAUAUACAGUGUAGUUUCUUCCCCACUUCUAUUGCAUAUAAAAAGAAACAUGUUAAACGUAGCUUCCCGGGGACGUUAAAAAUAGAACAAGUUUACUGGUCAAACAGGUUCCAAUGUUACAUGUAAUAGCUUUAUUAAGAUUUUACGAUAGAAAUUAAAUUGAAAUCGGACCUUAGUACAAACAUUGCGAAUAUUGUGAUUUAUGAUAUAAUAACCAUCGAACAUAAUUUAAUAAAGCCCAUUUAUUCCAAAUCAUUACGAUAUAUGUUUUACUGGUAUUGGACCAUUUGUUAGCUUUGUGAAUGAUCAUACACUUUUAU